ACACUUCUCUCGGCUGACUUGAUUUCCUCCACCCCCAAAUGGCAUGUGAGGUUGCAUCUUGCGAGUGCGGUUCCCGUGGCUUAGAGUGAGGAGUUGGCUGAGGUGGUUGGCAAGUUAGCCAAAAUCCAAGAAAAGCAGAGCUUAAUGAAGGGAGGAGGAUGGUGCUUAGCCAUUGCACCCGUAUUCCGAAGGUUUUGCACCCAAGGAACCGUUGCACUGCCCGCACGGCUUGUUUGCCGGAACUGGCCUGGCUAGCCGCUCGCCAAAUUGCUGCUUUGAGGAUCCCACCAACCAGCGCAGGCCAUUGAAGCCACUCGCUGACUCGGACGCCGUGCAAAUUCCGCUUUGCUUCCCCAUAGGGCUGACCGAACCGUUUCGGUUGCCUCCUUGUCUCCCGUCGUCUUUUUCUCCUGGAUUGAUGGAUAGUUAUCGCCAAACACCGCUCGGAGGCAACACAAAACUUUUCUUUCCGUGGGCCAGUCUUCUCGAAACUUCUCCCCGUGUUUCCCAGUCGCAAGAUACCAGUCGCAGCAACGGCAACAGGCCAAUCAUCGCGCGUUGUUUCGAGUGUCUGCAGUGUAGAUAUGUUUAUCGCCUGAAAACGUUCGUUGCUUUUGCUUGCGCCUUACGGAGAUAUCCCUCUACAAGCUGUUGCAAUGAUAAGCGACGACGGUCGUCCGGGAUCCAAAACUACAAACCUCAUCGUGGGUUGUGUAAUAGUCCUUGCUAUCCUCUGCGUCAUUAUCCUGAUAUACUUCGUCCUGCGAAGCCUUCGUGCUCGAAACUACGAGCCAAAAUUUAUCCCAACAAAAUUCUUGAAGCGCAAAUGGAAGGAAUGGGUGCCCCGUGCCGCUUAUGGCCACGUUCCAAGCAACUCUGGAGCGGGACGAGACGGCUCAUCGUCGCUCGAUUUGGUGCAGAAUACGGCCUAUGCAGGUGCAGGAGCCGCGGAAAUGGAGGCGACACAGGCGGCAAUCGACCGACACACAUCCAUCCGAUCUAUAAUAACCCUUCCUGCCUACUCACCCAUCCCUAAGCCGUCCGAACAAGUGAUCGGAAGGGAAGGAGAGCGGGCCGGUAUGGAUGUCGUGGUGGAGUUUCCGGAAACAAUGGACGAAGAGGAGACCCGGAGAGAGGAAGAGAUGGAGGCUCUGUAUCAAAUUCGACUACAUCGCAGGCAGGAAAUUGCGGAGCGAGAGGAAAGGCGGCGGAUACGCCGGGAGGCGCGUGAACGUGGAGACUGGGUGCUUUUAGAGCAACUCCGUGCGGAGAGCAGCGCUAGGGUGCAGGCCCGCGCAAACAACGAGACAGUGUCCGCAGCCUCGCUCUUAGCGGAGCAUCAGUCUCGGGGCCGUGAAAGACGCAUAUCAAGUGUAUCAUAUGCCGCUGUUGGGCAUGUCCGCCAUGAUGGCUCUCGUCUGCGCGCAAGUUCUCAGGGAUCGGAUUCCCGGCCCCUCCUAGAUACCCCCGCGGCCAUGGCCCAGGGCGGAAGUGGAAUGCCGCCGAUGCAUCGUCGUACUUUGUCCAGCACAUCUGUCCUGUCACAGUCUACAAUCUCCGAUGCUGAAAAUGCACCCACUCCAGAAACUGACAUUGCAGACUCUUCUAUCCCACAACCUCCACCCUACGAAGAUCUUGGCGAGGCUCCUCCGUACCCUGAAUCACCGCAAUUUGCUCACCAGCCGACCCAGCUCGCUCCAAAUAGCAAUGUACCUAGUAUUGCUGUCGAGAAUGCGACGCCACCCCCUAGCACUCCUCAUUCGCCCGUUUUUCCUUCCAGAAGCGCUGUAUCUGUUCCACCAUAGCCUUCCCAUAACUAAUCAUGCAUAUCCACCUCUCCUACUAGUCCUACUAGGAUUAAUGCUGCACCGAUAAACUUCCGAGUCGGUAUUUAUACACCUACGGCCUCAGCCCUAACCCACUGCCCUUUUUUAUCCGUUUCGUGUACUCCGAAUAAAUCCCAUCUAACGAACUCAUGACUCUUUGGCAAAAUCUUCUACAAAUCCUUGCUUAACAUUUGGUUUUUGAUUAAUAGUUGGGUGCCUUGGUUUUCUUUCCUCCUCGCCUCCGGGUCUACGGCAUACUCGGUUUGCUUUUGUAUUGACCACAUUGGCGUGCUGAUUUGCCAUAAGAAUAUCUUUUUUUGUUCACGGACAGAAGAACAUAAUUACAUCAAUUGUCCUGUAUAUUUGUCAUUGUUAAUAUCUUGAUAUCACCCGUUUCUUGAACCUUGAGCAGUUAUAAUUGCCCUUUGGGCUUUGGGUUGUCAGUCCAAUCGGUGUCGAGGAAAGACUCAGUUACAAAAUUUUUGUCAGGCUUGUUUUUUCUGUCUGGAAUUGUUAUCGAGUUCUCAUGGCAACACUGAGACAUGACGGCCUGAUCCUCAAAAUUAACUUUGAUUAA